AUGAGAGUUCCAUAUUUUCACCUCCCCAGAAGACCAGAUCAGGAUCUAGAACGGGGUACUUAUGGGUUACACCCGUGUGCCGGGGUACUUAUGGGUUACACCUGUGUGCCGGGGUACUUAUGGGUUACACCUGUGUGCCGUGGCACUUAUGGGUUACACCCGUGUGCCGGGGCACUUAUGGGUUACACCCGUGUGCCAGGGUACUUAUGGGUUACACCCGUGUGCCGGGGUACUAUGGGUUACACCUGUGUGCCGGGGCACUUAUGGGUUACACCCGUGUGCCGGGGUACUUAUGGGUUACACCCGUGUGCCGGGGCACUUAUGGGUUACACCCGUGUGCCGGGGUACUUAUGGGUUACACCCGUGUGCCGGGGUACUUAUGGGUUACACCCGUGUGCCAGGGUACUUAUGGGUUACACCCGUGUGCCGGGGCACUUAUGGGUUACACCCGUGUGCCAGGGUACUUAUGGGUUACACCUGUGUGCCGGGGUACUUAUGGGUUACACCCGUGUGCCGGGGCACUUAUGGGUUACACCCGUGUGCCGGGGUACUUAUGGGUUACACCUGUGUGCCGGGGUACUUAUGGGUUACACCCGUGUGCCGGGGCACUUAUGGGUUACACCUGUGUGCCGGGGUACUUAUGGGUUACACCCGUGUGCCGGGGCACUUAUGGGUUACACCUGUGUGCCGGGGUACUUAUGGGUUACACCUGUGUGCCGGGGUACUUAUGGGUUACACCCGUGUGCCAGGGUACUUAUGGGUUACACCCGUGUGCCGGGGUACUUAUGGGUUACACCCGUGUGCCGGGGUAAUUAUGGGUUACACCUGUGUGCCGGGGUACUUAUGGGUUACACCCGUGUGCCAGGGUACUUAUGGGUUACACCCGUGUGCCGGGGUACUUAUGGGUUACACCCGUGUGCCGGGGUAAUUAUGGGUUACACCCGUGUGCCGGGGCACUUAUGGGUUACACCCGUGUGCCGGGGUACUUAUGAGUUACACCCGUGUGCCGGGGCACUUAUGGGUUAUACCCGUGUGCCGGGGUACUUAUGGGUUACACCCGUGUGCCAGGCCACUUAUGGGUUAUACCCGUGUGCCGGGGUACUUAUGGGUUACACCCGUGUGCCGGGGCACUUAUGGGUUACACCCGUGUGCCGGGGUACUUAUGGGUUACACCCGUGUGCCGGGGCACUUAUGGGUUAUACCCGUGUGCCGGGGCACUUAUGGGUUAUACCCGUGUGCCAGGCCACUUAUGGUUUACAUCUGUUUGCCAUGAUGCUGAUAGGUUGA